AAAGCAACCGAAGCCCCUCCACGGUCGCCUCGUGAAAAUUUAACCAAAUCGAGAUUUCCCCACGAAAUCAUCGCGACAUCGCCUAUCGCCUAUCGCCUUGAUCUCUAACCGGAUAUUUCACGAUGAGCGCAUUAAGAAACGGCACCGCUCCUGCUCGCCCUAUGGAGGAUGAUAGUGAUGUAGAGGAGGAAGCCCUUGUGGCCGACUACCAAGAACAGGUCCAAUAUGAAGAUGGAUUGGAGGAUUUAGAGCAGGUCAGCUCCUUGACCAUGGCCCAACAGACCGACGAUAUUCAGUCAAGACUCGCCGCCGCUGCCCAGCCCUUAGAUUUCUCUGCUCCUUUGGAAGUCAAGUUCCAGAGUUACGAUUCCUAUUGUAACUUGUUCCACUUUGUCCUCAACUCCGAGGGCCCUGUCGACUUGGAACCACCUUCGCAUUACUGGGCUUGGGACGUUAUCGACGAGUUCAUCUACCAAUUUAACUCAUUCUCCUCCUACCGACUCCGAAUCGCCAGACAAGCAAGAGACAACGAAGAAGAGAGACAGAUUCUACGCGAGAAUCCGAACACCUGGGGCUGCUACAGCGUUCUGAACGUUCUUUACUCCCUAAUCCAACGAUCCCAGAUCGUCGAGCAGCUCGCUGCCAUGAAGCGUAAUGAGGAGCCUGCUGCCGUUGCUGGAGAGUACGGUUCCAAGACUCUGUACCGAAUGCUUGGCUAUUUCUCCAUCAUUGGCCUCCUGCGCGUCCACUGUCUUCUAGGCGAUUUUAGCCUAGCUCUCAAGACCCUUGACGACAUCGAGCUGAACAAGAAGGCAAUGUUCGCUCGUGUCAUGGCCGCUCACUUUACCACCUACUACUACGUGGGUUUCUCCUACAUGAUGAUGCACCGAUACGCUGAUGCCAUCCGCAUGUUCAGCCACAUUCUCGUCUAUGUGUCGCGUACCAAGAACUUCCAGAAGAAUGCCCAGUACGACUCCAUCACGAAGAAGAACGAUCAGAUGUACGCUUUGAUCGCUAUCUGCGUCGCUUUCCAGCCGACACGCUUGGAUGACACUAUUCACACCGCCCUACGAGAGAAGUAUGGAGACCAGCUUCUCAAGCUACAGCGUGGUGGCCCAGAGUCGCUCCCUAUCUUUGAGGAGUUGUUCAAGGCGGCCUGCCCCAAGUUCAUCUCCCCAGUCCCCCCUGAUUUUGACAACCCGGAAGCCAACGUGGACCCAAUCGACCAUCACUUGUCCGUCUUUAUGGAUGAGGUCAAGACCAACAUGUGGAACCCGACUGUCAAGUCCUAUCUGCGCCUCUAUACAACCAUGGAUCUUCAGAAACUUGCUGGCUUCCUAGAAGUGAAGCCCGAGGAACUACGCUCUUGGCUGCUGGUCAACAAGCAGCGUACCAAGCAGUUGCGGUGGAACGACCACGCCCUCCUAGAGGGAGAAUGGGUCAAUGUUAGCGAUCUAGACUAUGCCCUACAAGGAGAUUUGAUUCACAUUUCGGAAGCCAAGGUUGGACGCAAGCUAGUAGACUGGUAUCUGCGCAACCUAUCGCGAACGUACAACUAAGGUUGCUCAAGAGUUGUGAUGUCCACGCAACAGACAGAAACGCAACAGGAAAUACCCAAUUUCUUCGGUAAUGGCAGGGAGAAGGAGAACGGAAGGGAAUGCCGAGAGUAGAUGACAUUCUCGGUUUUUUUUUCGUCGUCGGUUUGCAUGGCACAGGCGUCACGGAAUAAUAUGUAUGUCACUCCCGAUCAUCAGAAGGGAGGCCGGCUGGCAAGGCGGACGAUAGUGACUGGCCCGGAUAAAAGAAAGGGAGGAAGAAACAACUAUAAGUUGUAAACAAACCAACCAACCAACAAGGGAUGUGUGGCUAUAGAAAGACACGAAGAGAAAAGUAGGUCCCUUUACUAUCUGCCUAUCCAGAUAGUAGAUAGGUCAUUAGGUAGUCACGAGAGCGAAGUGAUGAAAUGACAUAUUUGAUUCGCACACGCA